ACGCGACACACUCGUACUAUAAUAGUCGUACUUGUCCUGUCCGAGAGUUCUUAUUCCCAAAAAUCUUUCCAUCGUUUUACGAUACCGCAUACCUGCGGCUGCGGCCCUUCUCAGCGGGGUUUCGUUCCGUGCCCGUGCCGGCCCUCCCGCUCCCGCCCCUCGCGUCACUCCGGCCCGAGCCGUCGACGCAUGAGUACGUCCGCGCCGAGCCGUGCCGCGCGCGUAAACAUUCCCGACUACAAUGAAAACAUUCUAACUCGUCUUCCAACAUGAAGUGCUUCGCGAUUCUCUUAGUGACUGUGGUGACCGGGGCCGCCUCCGAGGCGUCCGUGCGGACAUGUGAACCUAUUAAAGUGGCGAUGUGCAAGAAUAUAGGGUACAAUCAGACCGGCAUGCCGAACUUAGCGCGACACACGUUGCAGGCGGACGCCGAUGUGACACUGCAGACCUUCAGUCCGCUCGUGCAGUACGGCUGCUCCUCGCAGCUUCACCUAUUCUUGUGUGCGGUAUACGUGCCGAUGUGUACGGACAAAGUCGCGCUUCCCAUUGGCCCGUGUCGAGGGCUCUGCGAGAGCGUCUACGCCCGCUGCUACCCCGUACUGAGAGGGUUCGGCUUCCCUUGGCCGGCCGAGCUGGACUGUAGCCUAUUCCCCGCCGAGAAUAAUCACGAGCAUAUGUGCAUGGAGGGUCCCGGGGAGCGCGCGCCGCCCGUCGGUGUCAUCCCCGAGUCCGGGUUGGGUAGCCCGACCGGGCGCGGCGCGUGCCGCCGGUUGAUCAAGCCCAACAGCUGGGUGUGGGUGCGCGGGUCCGGGCGCUGCGCUCAGUUCUGCGACGCCGAAGUGUUGUGGGAGAACGGCGAGCGGCGGGCGGCCGAGGUCUGGCUGGCGACGUGGGCGGCGCUGAGCUUCGCUUGCACGCUGGCGGCCGUGGGCGCCCAGCUGGCGUGCGGCGAGCGCGGCGGCGCCGGCGAGCGGGCGCUGGUGCUGGUGGCGCUGUGCCGGUGCGCGGCCGCGGCGGGCUGGGGCGUGCGGGCGGCUGCCGGCCGCGCGGCCGCGGGCUGCGCCAAGGACUCCACGUCCCCGGCGCGCCUGCUGCUGGCGCACGACGGCCUCGCCAACCCCAACUGCGCAGUCGUCUUCCUACUGCUCUACUACUUCGGUCUCGCUGCAUCUGUUUGGUGGGUCGUGGUCGCAGGCGCGUGGCGCGCGAGUGUGCUGCGCCCGCCGAGCGGCACCGGCCGCGGCGACCACUCGUCGCUGCUGCAGCUGGCGGCGUGGGGAGUGCCCGCGGCGCUGGCCGCCGCCGUGCUCGUCACUAGGGACGUCGACGCUGAUGAACUUACUGGUACUUGUUUCGUUGGGAACCAAUCGAGUAAAUCACUAUUGGCUCUGGUAAUCAUCCCGGAGGCGAUCUGCCUGCUCCUGGGUUGCGUUUUUCUAUCGUCGGGGCUGCGGGCGGUGCUGCGGCGGCCGGCGCCGGUGCCCGCUCCGUCCGCUCUGCUGAAUGCGCCGCCUCAGCCGCAUACGGACCAGAGUGUGCUAAGACUUGGAGCGUUCGCAGCACUAUACGCCGUGCCAUCGGCUUGUAUACUGGCUACGUGGGUGUACGAGUACGCAUGGAGGGACGAGUGGCUCUCCACGCCGAUGCCAUCGUCGGAGCCGUCGACGCACGCGCGGCCGGCGUUCUGGGUGUUUCUGUUCCGGAUUUUCGCAACGCAGAUACUAGGGGUGAUGGUGGCGGUGUGGAUCGCGACGCCGCGGCUGAAGGCGCUGUGGCGGCGGCUGAGCGGGCCGCAGAAGCCGGCGGCGAGCAAGUGCCCGCCGGGGCCGCCGCCGACCCCGAUGACGCUGCACUGCUACGCAGCGCAUGCGCACACGCUGCCGCGGCACACGCACAAGUACGCCACGUACCGCCCGCCGCAGCAGCACUCCUACAGGAAACCUCGCCACUACCACUACUCGGCGGGUGAAACGAUUCUUUGACCGCGGAAAUGUGAACGAUUUUGGACGUUACUCGUUAUUAAGAGUGUAUGCAUUUAUUGGUAUAAGUGUAGAUAGGUAGAUACGACGAAUAAAGUACCUAAAGGUUGAUAUGUACCUAGAUAAGCGAUAGGUCUGUAAAAUUCAUAAGUGCCAUUGAAGCUUAAUCUUAAUGCAUAAUAUUUAUAAUUAAUAAAAAUAUAAAUAAGGACAACAAACAUCAUACUAAUUGCUUGAUUCAGAUUAAAAUUGUUAUUGGCAAAUUUAAUUUAUUUUAAAAAAUUUAAAGAAAUAUGUAAGUGCCUCGCAUAUUAUUAAUUCAGUUUGUUUUUAAUUACAAAGCCGUAAUAUCUGUUUGAUAUAUGUAUCAACGGAUUAAUCUAUGGAUUAUUAUGUGUAACUUGAUGUAAAUAUAAACUUAUUCAAAUUGUACAGUGUUUUAGGUUAAUAGUACACUAUAGUUUAUCAAGAGACGAGAAAGCUAUAGAUUUAUGCAGUAAACUUGUGAAGUAAGGUAUCAGUGUCCAAUACUUAUAUACUUACUAUGAAUAUACGUACAGGACUUUAACAAUCGCUUAUUUUACUCGUCUCUAGUUAUACUUAGAAGGCUGUAAAACUUGUAAAUAAAAUAUGUAAGACACUACUUAAGGUAACCGAUAUUUCCUGAACAUAUCCUUAAUUUCUGAAUCAUUUGCAUUUGCCGUGCCCACCGUAUAUUUGUAUUUACUAACAUACUCAGAAAAUCAUCGUUAAAUCUGUAAUUUACACUAAGGGCCACCCCACACUAACGUCUUUUGAGCGUCGGCGUCUAGCCAUCAGCGCUAUGGAAAAUGGCAUCGCUGCGCAGUUGCGCCAGGUUGUGUCGAGCAGCAACCAUAGAUUUGUCUAAACGCCAACGCUCAGGUGACGCUAGUGGGUCGGCUCUAAUGGCCAUUGGCCACGUUACGGCCUGAUGUUCCAACGAGUCAAAUAGGUCCCCCAGUCGGAAUUACGAGUCCAAGCUAACUUUGCAUUGACUGUAAUAGAACUAAGUGAAGGAGUAUCAGUCAUAUUUUCACAAAAAUUUCACAUUAACGAUGACACUGCCACACGUUGCCAUGGCAAAUACCAUGCAGCUUCGUCCUACUUGAAUUUCUUAACUUGCAGAUGUUAUACAAAGCUGUCGCCACUGCCAAAUUACAUUAAUACUGACUUUAAUACAGGGUGCUUUUGUGAUCACUGACCAAACUGAGGGGUGAAUAUAUAGGUCAUACUGAACAACUUUUACAACCCCGAAAUCGCGAAAAAAUAUCUACCGUCUCAUACAUUUCGGUGAAUCAGAGUCAAUGUUUUCUAUAGAACAGCUGAUAUUUUUUUCGUGAUUUCGCAGUUGACCCCAUAGUAAAAAUUGUUCAGUAUGACCUACAUAUUCACCCCUCAGAGUUUGAUCAGUGAUAACAAAAUCACGCUGUAUACUGAGUGGAAGAAUUUAUUGGAGAUUGCUCGAUUAAUUCUUCCACACUAUAGUUCGUUUAUUUUAGCAUUAGAAAGAAGGUAAGCAAUCUUAACGUGUCUUUUUACUAAAAAACACUUUUGAAAAAGAAGUCACAACAAAAGUAUGUAGCAGUUAUAAAUAAUAUACGAUUAUUUACAUUAUUUUGCGAUUUUAAGUAAUAUAAACUAAAUUUUAAAAAGCGAUUAUUGAUAAUUUUCAAUAAAAAGACAUGUCAAGAUUGUUUACAUUUUUUUCUAAUGAUAAAAAAAAUUAACUAUUGGGUAUAAAAUUACCUACAUACUAUUUAAGACUAAAUAAAUAACAAUCGAAAUUGUACAUACUUCAAAUACCUAAUCUUAAGACAAAUUAAAUUAUUAAGUACUUAAUUCUUAUUAAAGACAAACGACUUAAUAAUAAAAUUAUAUGAAUCAAA